UGACGAGAAUGGAAGAGACCCAUUUACUGGUGCAGCUGGCAAGCACGUCGAGCUACAAUAGUUGAGAAACGGUGGAGCUUGUAUAGCCUCGCCCAAGCAAAACUAAAGUAGAAUAUUGUCAACGGAUCCAAUUCAGAAUUCGAACCUUACGAUGACAUCGAAACGAUAUAUGUCUCAUCAGAUAUGAUCGUUUACAGUAGAGAGGGGAGGAAAUGCGUCGUUUAAAAGGAUCGCCGAGUAUCAUAGUGCUGCUAUUUUACUUCAUUUGUUUAUGGUCGGAGGCAGAAUGUGGCCCGCGAACGAGAUGUCGUAAUUGCGAGUGUGACGAAAUUAACCUUAAAGUAAAUUGCGAUUCUGCACAAUUACAGACUAUCCCAAUAUAUUUUAAUCCCGGAUUAAGAUGGCUAAGAGUGACUAAUAACCAGAUAACAGGCAUCGAUUCCAUCUAUAAUAGCUAUCGUAAUUUAUCUUACUUGGAUAUAUCCCACAACGAAAUUACAGAUUUAAAAUCAGAGCAAUUUACUCGUCAUAGUUAUUUAGAAACAUUAUUGAUUAGUCAUAAUAUGAUAACUUCUUUCAAUAACCGAACAUUCGUGGGUUUAGUGCGAUUAAAGAUAUUACAUUUAAACGAAAAUCAUUUAGAAGAUAUAUCGUCCAUGAAAUUUUCACCAUUAAAAAGCCUAGAAUAUCUUGAUUUGUCACGAAAUCGUAUUAGUUAUGUUGAUGUUGAUGCUUUCUACGGGUUAAAUAAUUUAAAAUCUCUAUUAUUAAGAGGUAAUAAACUUUCAGCCAUACCUUCGUUAUCUUUUCACCACAUUCCGAACCUCCUAUCUUUAGAUAUUGGUUUAAAUCCUAUCGACAAAGAACUCGUUAAUGAUUCAUUUUCUUCAUUGUCCAACCUGAAAGACCUUUACCUGGACGGAUGCGCUUUGAAAAAAUUGAAUUCUGCAGUAUUCCGUAAUCUCUCCAACCUGCUCACACUAAAUUUAGGAGAUAAUAAACUGGUCGACGUUCCGACGAAUUCAUUUAAAUAUAUUAUUAAUUUAGAAAAAUUAAUUCUAAGUCAAAACUUAUUUAACGAAAUACCACCAAGAGCUUUUCGAGGUCUUAAGCGAUUAAGAAAAAUCAUCGUCACUGGUUGUGUUAAUUUAAAAAUUAUUCGUGAGAAAUCGUUCGAGGAUAAUGCAGAUUUGGAGUACAUAGGAUUUGAUCAUAAUAGAAAAUUGACAAAAAUUGAAUUUGGUGCAUUCAACGGAUUGGCAAACAUUCGAAAUGUAUCUUUACGUGGUAAUGCAUUCGAAACUUUCGACUCUCGUCUCUUAAGUUGGGACGAAUUAGAUAAUAUGAACUUAUCCGGUAACCCUAUAAGGUGUGAUUGUAAUAUUUUGUGGAUGAAAAACCUACUCAAAUCUUAUAAUUCCACCGAUAACGUGGUAUGUUCUUCCCCCCAAUUAGUUGCCAAUCGUCGACUUGUAAAUCUUUCUAACGAAGAGUUAGGGUGUGACAGUCUAAAUGGUAAAAGACAAGUGUUCAUCUGUGUUACAGUUUCUGCAGCUGUGAUAAUUGCUGUUCUGGUAACGUUAGGGUUUAAAUACCGGACAAAAUUAGCUGGAAUGCUGAAAGAUAGAUGGAGUGGAAACAGAAAGGAACCUCACUAUCAAAAGACAAACAGCGAAGAAGAAAGCACAAUAUUACAAGCUGCACAACAAUCGCUAAAGAUGACUCCAGUCACCGAACUGUGAUAAAUAAAAAGUAUUAAAACUGGACCUUUCAUGUAGACAUAAGACAAUUUGUCUUCUUCCUUUUUUAUGUAUAUCUGAAAUGUCAAUAUAUAUAUAUAAUAGUUAUAAAAAAGGACAAUCAGUGUUUUUUUAGUGUAGAAAAUAUCAUUCAAGAGAUGUAAGUAUUUCAAGAAUGUUGAACUUAAUUGUAUUAAAGAAUUUGUAAUGUGUACUUAAUUGUAUUAAAGACUUUGUAACUUUUA